AUGGACUCGAGCUGGUCAGAGCUCUCGAACGUUGCCAGAAGCUAUCCCGUCCUACGGAAGGUUUCGGAGGCCCUAGAUUAUAGUACUCUAUACACUGAUCGCAGAGGUAAUUUCAAGACCGCGCUUGAGAUUGCCCAGCACGCAUACACGCAGAGCCGCUCUACAGGGGGAGGCAGCCUCGCGGCUGCUCUCAUUAGCUGCGGGAUUGUCCACACCCUGCAGGGAAACUGUAGGCAGGCACUCCGCGACUUGAAUGCGGCAAACAGUAUUGGGCAUGCCGACCCCGCCCUUCACUUCCUGGCACAUACGUACAUUUAUGUGGCUAACUCCAUAAAUUACGACAUGCUUCCGGAUACUGCAGAUGGACAUGCGCGGGACAUUCAGUACAGAUUCGACAAGAGCCAGAAUUUGCAAGACUUGUUUGCCCGCCGUUCAGAACUCCCCGCUAUGCACACAGUGGAUCUCGUUCUAUUCCGCGAAUGUGAGUUGUUGAAUAAGCAUAGGUGUUGGAUGUCCGCGCUGCGCCAGGGUCCACAUGAAACAGAUCUCCUGUCGACAAACAACAGGGCAGUCCUACUAUCAGGAUCGGGGGAGGACUACAGAUAUCUUGUAAACUUGGGUACCCAUCAGCGAGGAUUGUCCAGUUUCCAGCAUGAGAGAGCCAAGUUGUUCUUCCGGUAUUCUCACAAGGACGAGGCUACUCAAAUUCUCGAUAGCGCCCGAACAUACUAUCGGCAAACAAAUGAUAUAGUCGGUCUAGGGAAUAUUGAGUUGACUCUCGGUGAUUGGCUUGUCGCGCCGCUGUCUUGUCCCGAAGUCUGGAAUUCAUACCUGGAGCAGGGUACGAGCGAUAGUUCACUGCACUGGCAAGUCGAAGCUGCUGAGGCUGCUAUCGAUCUCAGCUCCGUUGCCGAAGCGAGGCAGCACUAUGAGGCAGCGUUACGACUAUUCACGUCGCAGAUCCGCCUUAGAGGAGUGGCAGCAGUGAGAAUGCGCCUCGGGUACCUGUCCGCUCUAAAAGGUCUCGCUGCCACAGAUGUGGACUUUGUGAAACAUUUUGCAGAAGCCCGACAGGAAAUUCAAGCCGCAGCGACUAUCUUCCAUGAGACUGGGGACAUCAUGGCCUUCCAGCUGUGCCAGGCCCACCUGUCCCUCUGCGAUGUAGGAGAAAAACAGGGUCCGGACGAUCUGCAACGGGCUGUCAACAUUGGACAAUGGGGAUGCACCGACGGUAGUUUUGGAUACGCUCUUGGAAUAGGCCUCCUUUUCGCACGCAUGGGACGCCGUUGGACAAAUCACAUAGGCGACUACGAACGGGCUUUUACCUGUUUUCGCCUGGCCGAAGCCUUGUUUAAGCAUCUCGGAGCAGGCUUGUCUCAUAUUCACGCUAUCGCCGAUCAGAUGAACCUCUACAAGGUGCUCGGAGACUUUCCCAGUUUCUCAAGGCUGGCUGUAAUGGCUUUGGAUGAAUGCGAGGCCUUGCAUCUUCACCAGCCAAACAUCGAGGACCGUAUUGAGGAGGUGUCCAGGUGGAUUCUGAUCAGCAUCAUAGGCACGGCUAUGAAAAGAAAGGAUCCGACCCUCAUUGACCACGCACUGGAUUAUGUUUUCGCCCACUUGGGGACAGAUUUUCCGGACAAAACUGCUAAGUUCCCGAACUUGGAUGAUAUUGCUACUGCUCUAUCCGGAAUUCAGGUAUCGGAGGACCCUGAGGCGAUUACCAAAGCAAUGCACGAAGCCCUUAAGGGUUUUAAUCCCAAUCAGAUGGCUCAGGAGAUGCUGGAUUCUGCUGUCACAGACUCCAGAGUCUAUAGAGAAUUCUACCGCGGGUUGAGUCAUAAAAGAGCGGGGAAUGCUGAGGACGCUCGGGAGUGCUUUCGAAAGGUCCGAACAGAAGCCCAAGCUUAUGACCAAGCUCGCAGGUAUCACUUGGAUGCCCUGGCUUAUGCCGGCGAAGGCGACUAUGGGAGGGCAAGUAUGGCGAACAAGAUGUCUCUCAAGCUCCGAAUGAAAGAUCUUGAUCUACGAGAAGAAGCAGGCAAGAGCACUCGGUUGGACCCUGAUAGCAGAAGGCAAGCUGCAGUGGAAGCACUGAUGGCCUUUGUUGAAUUCGACGAUUAUCAGGAGGCUGACAGGUGGAUGCAUUUCUUGAAUGAGCACUUUUCAGAGUGGUGGGCGUCGGAAAGUUCCCCUUGGGAAGCUCUGCACUAUAUGGGUCAGACACAAGAGGGCAUUGGGGACUUGGAAUCCGCCCUAACAUGUUAUGAGGACGCGAUAUCGAUGUUCGAGCGACACCGUGAGAACCUGUCUAUUGAUGAGCUCAAAGUCGCGUUCUCUGGAGGAUCUACGACACAGAAGAUGUUUUUUGCCUACACAAGAACCUUGUUCAGGUUGCUCAAACAGCCGGAAUCUUCUACUCUCUCUGUCAGAGAGAUCGAAGCUAAGAUAUUCGAGGUGGUUGAACGAGGAAAGGCUCGAAGUCUGCUGGACCUGAUGCAAGGUGGACUUGUGGGCAGCGGCCAGCUUUCCACGUCGAGUGCAUUUCGCCGCUGGAGACAGCUGCAUGCGUCACGAUCGAUGCACUGUACGCUCCUCGAGCAGAAGAUUGCCACCGGCAAAGCCGACCAAGAUGAGGUUACUCAGCUCAAGGACUCAAUUACCGAGAUCGAAGGUCGGAUUCAGACUGUGGAAAGGCAGAUGCAAUCCAGUGGUACCUCUGCGAAACCUGUGACUGCUGAAGUCAGCUCCCUGAUGGAUGUCGCCAGCAAUCUUCCCGGCGAUACACUGAUCCUACAGUACUUCUACAACUACAACACACUGUAUAGUUGGGUCAUCAGCCAUGAAGGGAUGGCAAACCUCGUAGCCACGGAACUUGAGGAAUACUCGCUGGACCGAGUCGCUAAGGAGUUCCAUAAUGCAUGCGACAAAGGACUCGUGACCCCACAUGGGCAGCAGCUUUCAGACACGCUCCUCAAACCGUUCACUGACCUCCUGGAGCGGUACAACCGGCUUAUCAUUGUGCCUCAUGGCUCUCUUCAUCUUGUGCCUUUCCACGUCCUGCCGUUCAAAGGGCCACCUCUUGCUGUCUCCCAUGUGGUGACAUACCUCCCAAGCUCAAGCAUCGCACGGUUCCUCCACCCAAAGAAGACGAAUCCUCGGCGACAAUCAGUGCUUGCUCUGGGUAACCCCUCAAGUAUGAAGAUGACAGACCGGAACAAUAAUACAAUAUUUGCAUCACCAUUAGGCGGUGCAGGUAAGGAAGCACAGGCAAUUACUGCCCUCUUUCCCGGGAGCAAGGCCCUCUUGAAUAGGGAAGCCACACUUGACAACCUGCUGAAGUACAUACACGACUACUCAAUCCUCCACCUCGCUACUCAUUGCAAGUUCGACCCCGAGGUACCUCUCUUGUCAUCCAUUUGUCUCGCCUACGGCAGGCAAUUAUCAGUCCUUGAUCUUUUGGACUUGCAUCUCGACGUGGAUCUCGUUAUUUUCAGCGCCUGCCAAACCGCUCAAGGGACUCCAACUGCUGGAGACGAUAUAGUCGGGUUCAGCCGUGCGCUCUUUGCGGCUGGUGCCCGCGCGGUCAUGGUUAGCUUGUGGCCCGUCGAUGACAGCGCAACAUCCGAGAUAUUGAUCGACUUCUACAAACGGCUUUCGAGCGGCAAGUCAGCACCAGCCGCUUUGCAGGAGGCCCAGGUGUCCUUCUUCAAGCAGCACUCCGGAUCCCGCAGGGCUGAUCAAGACAACUCAAGCAAUGCUUCAACUUCUGCUAUGACGGAUAAGUCAUCGGUGAGAAGAAUGGCUGUCCAAAGAACUAUCACCAAUAACGAGCCGGCCACACCUACCGACUACUCCCUCCCAAUGUUCUGGGCCCCGUUCAUUUUGAUGAGUGCCUAG